AUGGAGGCCAUGGUGGAGGUGGUCACCAGCCAGGGGCUGGGCUGGCAGAGAAACACCGGUCAUAUGCCCCUGCUCAUGGUCUCCUCAGCUCGCAGGCCACUUCCUGACACUGUGGAUGCCCAUGGCUCAUCUUGUGCCAGCUGGCUGUGCCCCUUGCCGCUGGCACCAGCUAAGUCUGCCUUGCUGACCUGUCCCCAGGGCCUGGACCUAUACCUGUGUGCCCUGCAGCCGGCAUCGCUGGGCAUGGCCCCACAAGGUCUCAGAAGCGACACCUUGAGCACAACGCUCCAGCCCCCAGGGCUGCAUGCAGACUCCACUGAUGGCGAGAAACUCACGGCCAAGCACUCUGCGAGCAGGGACCAGAGGGGAAGCCAAUGGGAAAGAGCUGGAGAGGGGGCCCGCUGCCCAUCCUUCUGUCCCCACAGCAGCUCUUGCCCACCCCCCUGGCAGAACAGAAGGAGCCCCAUUCCCUUAGCUUUCUGCUCCUGUCUGUCCUGCCUGCUGCCCACUCCCAUCUCCAAAGAGCUCCCAUUCUGCCUUCACCCCUUCUGUCCUGCAUAUCCACUUCUCCUGCCUCCUCCUUACCUGCUUACCUAUGGGGCCCUACCUUCUGUCCGAUGCCCCUGCCUCUUCAUGCAGCCCCCAGAUCCCUCCCACCCCAUCAUGGCUAUGCCCAGCUUGCUGAUGAGUGUCAAUGAGCCUGGGCCCCCCACGGCCCAGAGGGAGACCCUGUAUCCUUACCCAGGGGCCUCCCAAGCCUCUGGCCAGAUCCAGCCUUUCCAGGCCUGGAAUCCAGGCCCUGGAACUGCCAGGACCUACUCCUCAGGGCAAAAGAGUGCUGGCAGGGCGGCUCCAGCGAGGCGGACCCCACUGGGCUCCCGGACAGGCACCGCAGCGCUGCCUUACCCACUGAAGAAAGAGAAUGGCAAAAUCCUGUACGAGUGCAAUGUGUGCGGCAAGAACUUCGGGCAGCUCUCCAACCUCAAGGUCCAUCUGCGUGUGCACAGCGGGGAGCGCCCAUUCCAGUGUGCCCUGUGCCAGAAGCGCUUCACUCAGCUCGCCCACCUGCAGAAGCACCAGUUGGUGCAUACCGGGGAGCGGCCCCACGAGUGCCUGAUGUGCCACAAGCGCUUCAGCAGCUCCAGCAACCUCAAGACCCACCUGCGGAUGCACUCAGGGGCCCGGCCCUUCGGAUGCAGUGUCUGCUCAAGUCGCUUCACCCGGCAUGUUCACCUGAAGCUGCACCAGCGGCUGCAUGCCCGCCGGCCCUGCGGCCUAGCUCACACCCACCUGCCCCUGGCGUCUCUUGCCUGCUUUGCCCGAUGGCACCAGGAAGCCCUAGGUCUUGUGGGGGUGUCAUCAGAGAGGCAGCUGGGCUGGGAUUCGGAAAAGGUCAAGAGGUCCUCGGCAUCGGGGCAAGUAAGGGCAGCCAGCCUGAGCCCUGCCCGGGGCUUUGCCUUUGCCAUGGCCGAGCGGCACGGGGGCCUGGGGGCACGCCUGGCCCGCCGCUUGGCAGGGCUAGGGCUCGGGAGGAAGCGCAGGGGGAAGAGGACCCCGGAGGAGGCCAGAGCUCGGGAUAGUUUAAAGGCAAAUGCGGUAGCUCCCCCUGCCCCUGUGGACUUUGAUUCUCACAUCACAGUCCAGUUUACCUCUGGUCUUCGUUCCCUUUGUCAUGAGCAGGACAGGCCCUGGGGUGGCCAGAGCUGCCCUGACCUGGCCCAGGGUCUGGGCAGCACCAACAAUGUCAGCCUCAAGGCCCAAUCCCAGAGCUGCUCAGAAUGGGACCUUCGGGCAGGGAGCCGUGGUUCCUGGCUUUGGAAGAGACGACACAGCUCAGGGGGACCCAGUCAACCCCUGGGGCGCCUAUGGAGGCCAGCUGUGGGCAGUGCUUCUGACCUGGCCAACUGUGCCUCCGUGGGACCGGAGAGCCUGGCGCUGGCAGCAGAGACUGCUAGAGACUUGGCCCUCGUGCCCGCUGCUGCUCCUGGGUGUUUGGAACAAGGAACCUCAGGCUGCGCUUGCCUGCAACCCCCCUACACUGCUCCAGACGUUCCUCUGAGGCCUGAGCCACACGGCCGCCUGGAAGACCUGUUGCCCCGCCCAGCAUCCUUCCCCACGGCCCAGGGGGCAAAGGGCGAGCCUGUGCCAGCAGGGCCGGCGCUGCCAGAUCCAGCCCAGACCCUGCCCUGGAGUCCCUCUGCCAGGAGGACCCGCUACCACAUCACUAUCACCCUACAGGGCCAUGGGCAGGCACCUGGGGAGGAGCACGAGGAGCCUAAACCGGCCCAACCAGCUCUCCACCCCUGCGGCCCUGAGGAAUCCAGGGGCUGGCGGGAGCCUCCCCAGGGGCCCCGCCCCAUCACGGGGUGCCUGACAGACCUGCCCCAGGAACCCCGGCCGAGAGCCCCACUGCAUCGGGAGAUCACAGCCCAGCAGCAGGAGCUCCGGGCCCACUGGACACCUAGAUCCCCACACAGACGGUGA